CCAAUUGAAUUACAGAGAAGCGAAUCUCGUGGAUUUUAUAUAUCCUAUUCGCGUCUUCAGCUUAAGAGCGCGUUCCCUCUUCCCUUGACCGUCGGAUUAGAUCAUCCAAGGGAUAGUCGAGGAGCCAGUGGCCAUGAUGGAGGUUGAAAUGCGUAUGGGAGAGUAGUCUAAGGUAUUUCUCCCUGUAUUUAUCGAUUGUAAAUUUGGGGAUUUGGAAAGGUUUAGCCUUUUAAGGGCAUUUACAUUACAGCCCUUGCAGUCUCUGUGCGAGAAUUUGAUAAUUGCUCUCUCUCUCUCUCUGUUUCUCUCUCCUCCAAAUUCCAAUUUUUGGAAUAGUUGCAGGAGAGAGAAAGCACGAAACGGCUAUAAUUGACACUUCAAAGCUGCAUCGACCCACAAAUUAAGAAUAGGAUAAUAACCUCGGAAGAUCGUUGCUUUCUGGGGGCGGGGGGAUGAUGCCUUCACUGUGAUUUGCUGUCCAUUGGUGAGGGGUUUUAGCAAUAUAUAUAUAUAUAUAUAUAAAGGGAUAUCAUAUAUAACCCCAAAAGAGGGACAGACAGGUUUUGCGGAGGGGAAGACAGAACUUGGAGAUAGAGAGAAGGUUUGGGAUUGAAACGGAAUUCAAGUCUGGCAUUGUUGGGGUGAAAUUGGGUCCUCAUGAUGCCGGACAGUUAUUCCAAUUCCAAGAAGACCGAUGAUAUUUGUGGCCCGGCAACCCAUGCAGCACUGAGCAUGUCGAGACUUCGGUGCUUGCUGCGAGGAGUAGAUUUGAAGGCCUUUUUGUUUCUGUUUGUAAUUGUGCCGGUAGGCAUAGUUGGUGUCUAUCUUCAUGGUCAGAAGAUGUCUUACUUCCUGAGGCCACUUUGGCAAUCUCCUCCAAAGCCUUUCAUCAGCCUACCGCAUUACUAUCACCCGAAUGUUUCAAUGGAGAAUCUUUGCAAACUUCAUGGCUGGGGAAUUCGUGAGUAUCCCAGGCGAGUCUUUGACGCUGUUCUAUUCAAUAAUGAAGUGGACAUGCUUACAAUUCGAUGGAAGGAAUUGUAUCCUUACAUUACCCAGUUUGUUCUUCUUGAGUCAAACUCAACCUUUACAGGUUUGCCGAAGCCACACUUUUUUUCAGUCAAUCGUAACCAGUUCAAGUUUAUUGAGCCUCGGCUGACCUAUGGGACAAUUGGUGGGCGGUUUAAGAAAGGAGAAAACCCGUUUGUGGAAGAAGCUUAUCAAAGGGUAGCACUAGACCAGCUUCUCAGGAUCGCAGGCAUACAGGACGAUGAUCUACUGAUAAUGUCUGAUGUGGACGAGAUCCCAAGUGGUCAUACCAUUGAUCUAUUGAGAUGGUGCGAUAACAUCCCCCCAAUACUUCACCUCCAGCUGAAGGACUACUUGUAUUCAUUCGAGUUCCUACGGGAUCACAGGAGCUGGAGAGCUUCAAUACAUAGGUAUCAGACGGGCAAGACCCGGUAUGCCCACUACCGUCAGACUGACUACCUAUUGUCUGAUUCGGGAUGGCAUUGUAGCUUUUGCUUCAGGCGGAUCAGCGAGUUCAUAUUCAAGAUGAAAGCCUACAGCCACACAGAUCGGGUGAGGUUUUCUCACUACCUCAACCCGAAAAGGAUUCAGGACAUAAUUUGCAUAGGGGCUGAUCUCUACGACAUGCUUCCGGAGGAGUACACUUUCAAGGAUAUCAUUGGGAAGAUGGGACCAAUUCCUCAUUCUUAUUCGGCUGUUCAUCUUCCUGCCUAUUUGUUGUCCAAUUCUGGCAACUACAAAUAUCUUUUGCCCGGGAACUGCCGAAGGGAAAGUGGCUGAGUUCAUUCGUUGGCCCCGAUUUUGCAUUGCGCAGUGGAGGCUGCAUUGGAUAAUUGAGCAGCGGCUUAAGCACAAAUUUGCUACUUUCCUGAAUUUCUCCUCCGGCUUCAUCCUGGGGUGUUGAGGCUUUCCCUGGUUGUUGUCGAGGAGAAGGAAUGGAUGCCCCCGGAGAGCAGCAGCUCUCUGGCAUUAUGCAUCCAUGGUUCCAGAUUGCAUUUUAGAGUAGAAUAGCUACCAACUCUUGCCUCUCUUUCUUGCUGUCUUUCGACAAACCUACCUUAUUUAUCCGUAUAUACCAACACCUUUU